UUCAAUUGAACGAUACAUACGGAACCUGCUCAACAUCGAUACUUUUGAUUCAGCUGUCAGGUUAAAUUACUCGGUGUGCUCAAGCUGCUGCAACAUGCGCUUGCUUAAUUUGGGCGUUGGUAAACGCGUUACGGCCUUGCGCGUGCGCUUAGAGGACAAAUUUACGUUGCCGGAGCGCUUUAAGGGCACAGUUGUGGAGAAGUGGGCUAACUACUGGAAGGGACUGAUGCGCGACUACUCUGAGGUGGCCAUCAACGUUGUCAAGGAGUCUUACAACAAGCCCAAGAAAGCGUUGUUCUAUGGCGGCGCCACGUUGUUUCUCUACGAGGCUGCCAAGCGUAGUCCAGAUCAGGAAGCGUUCAAUACAUUGAUGCGUAACCAAACCAACCGCCUGAUAACAUUACCUCCAGCACAACAGAAUCCAGAAUCAGCACAAUACAUGCUUAUGCUGGAGCGUGCUAUUAACCAUAAGAAACUGCGCCUGCUGCCGCUGGGCAUUUGCACAAUUGUGUGGGUUGAUAUGUACGAUGAGGAUGACUGCACCUAUCCGGCUAUUUGUGAAUACACCACAGUGGGCAUGCUGAACUUUCACGAGCGUAUUAUCGAUGUAGGUUUCUGGAACAAUUUCUGGCGGCUCAGGUGGAAGAUGCGUAACUAUGACAUUAGCUAUCUGUGAUAGUGUCUAGACAAAAUGUACCUUGUUAAAAAUGAGUGUUUGUUACCAUAAAUUGUACAACGUUCAAC